AUGCAGCCGGUCAGCCACGGCGCAACGCCUUCUGUGGUACAACCUCCCCCAGCUUUUGCACAGGUACCUCGGUACCUGCGCGCCGACUACCUAUUAUUGCCAGUCGGUAAUAGGCGCGUAGGCAUCAUGCUGUGUCCAUCCAACGACACCAACAUCGCCAUGCAAACGCUCCUUCUACAACCUCUCAACUUGAGCAGGAGCACCAACGUCGACCCAACGAAAUGA